ACAACCUGGUUAGGUGAAACUCAAUCCACAACCAAUUCGAAAAUCAAUCUACAAGCCCUAUAGCAAUUUCAAAUUUAUCGUCGUCGUCCAUAGAGACAAAGAUAUACCCAAAUAUACUGAGCGAAUCUGGGAUGGUGAUUGUGCAGGGAAUGUUCGAGAUCUCGGAGCUGGCAGCUGGGAGCAUUGGAUGCGUGGGUCUCUAUAUGGCCGGAUGUAAUGCCCUGCCCAUGCAGCAUGUUCCGGAUCUUCCGGCGGCCUUGUUCGUCCUGUCGACGGUGUUUCUCCUGCAUCAUCUUCGUGUGAUGAACUUGCCACCGUUGCAGGAACUUUGGCGACUUCUAUUGGAACUGGUGGCCUUCUACAUGGGCACCCAGAUCCUCGUGGUGCUCGUGUGGCAGCAGUUCCACAACCUGAUGGAUAAGGUGCGGGAUACGGCUCUCAACACGCGAGUGGCCAUGAAUCUUCUGGAAAUCAACCCCAAACUAUUCAUGUUUAUGCGACAGGAUGUGUGCUACUUUUUAAUGCUCAUCGUAUCAUUAGUGUGCACCUACAAAGCUGUAAAAGUAACACAUUCCUUGGAUUAUUUUCUACCGGCGCGCAGGAUUUAUAGGUAUUACGCAGAUCAAGCUGAAGACGAGAUCUUUGCCGAUGUUGGUAGGUCUACCAAACGAACCUACCAGCGACGACCAGUCUCCAAGAGUUCCUCACGUCGCUCCCAAUCAUAGAAAAUCGAAUCUCCCA